AUGACGUCUAAGGCAGAAAGUUCUCGGCUCCCUUUAUUCUCGAGGUGGGGACGGACGUGCCCUGGAAAAGCGCGUUGCUCCUCUUCGACCAUCACUUCCCCGCUCCUGACGACGUCUGUGGAGUCUCCGUCAGACUUUUUGAAAGCAAACAUGAGCGAGCAGACCACUGGCCAAGCUCCUUCUCUUGAGCCUGGUACUGUGGCAGAUGCAAAACUGGUCACAGCAGUGAGCACGCUCGCGGCCGCGAGCGACGUGAAAGCGCUCGGGCAGCAAAACGAGAACCUGCGGGCACGCGUCGCGGUGCUUGCGAAAGAGAAAGCGGAUGCGCGCUCCGAAGCUGACACGCUUCAAGCAGAGAACGCUGCACUCCGACAGGAAAUGUCGGAAAAAGAGAAGGGAUUUAUGAAAGAGGUCUCGGAGCUAGAGGAGGUUUUGGAGAAGCAACGGGAAGCGUGCCGGCGGUCCGAGGACGAGCGCGAGCGGUUCCAAUACGUGCUCGCGUGCACCGGACAGGAGGGCUCCGUCCCGCGCAGCGUUUUGGCGUCCGCUCCGGACUCACUUCUGUUUGAAAUGUUCUACGGAGAGUGCGACUACGCGCGCGACGACCAGGGGCGCGCGCUCAUCACCUGCCACCCCGAACGGUGGACUGCCGUCUUGGAGCACCUGGCGACGGGAGCCGUUCCGGCGGAAUCGGAUCCGCUGCUGCUGGCGCAGGCGCGCCACUGGAAGUUGAAUCGCUUGGUGGAAGGCUUGGAAGCCUUGAUCUCGGGCGUGACCGUUACAAACGACGAGGAAGAUCGGGGGUUCAAAGCCCGCUGCACCUUAGUCUCGGUCAUGGAAAAGCUCAGCGGCGGCAAGGGAGACGUGAGCUACACAUUUCCGGGGCCUCAAGGCAGGUUGUGGGCGGUAAAAAUAUCGACCGCAGGCGUUAUGCUUGGAUCUCUGGUACCGAGGACUUUGCAACCGACAAACGUGGCAGACUUGAAAGGGAUCAAGGUGUCUCCGACAUUCCGUGUGCUGUUACGCACCGAGGCGCUUGUCCAGGCAAGCGUACCCGUCAACUUUCCCAGUAGAGAAGAAAGCUUUCGAGGGUUCGCUUGGUUGAAGUGGGGGUACGGGUUACAGCAGCUUCUCAGCGAGCCUCUCGCAAAGGCUCACGGCAACCUCGUGAUCGAAGUCGAAGUUCGCUAUGAAGAUUGA